AUGAAAUUUUUAUUAUUAUUAUUGGCCGGUGUUGCCAUUGCUGAAUCAAGUGUUGAAGUUGCCCCAAGUGAAGUUGUCCCAAGUGUUGAAGUUGUCCCUAGUGUUGUCCCAGUUGAAGCUGUUUCUGACUUACAAAUAAAAGCCAGUGUAGCCAGUCCUGCUGCUAGUCCUACUGCUGCCACAACUUCUGGCUCAUUAUUUGGAGACUUGGUAGAUGGUCUUUUUGGUGGUGCCCAAAACUCAAGUGCGAUAGCUACUCCAACCACCACUGCUACUGCUGCACAAAGUACAGGUGGGUUCUUAGAUGGUUUAUUUGGUGGAAGCAAUACUGUUGCCAACUCUACUGGCUCUUCUGAUGGAAGUUUGUCUGAUUUAUUUGAUGAAUGGUUUGGUCCAUCUAACUAUACCAAAACUGCAGGCGCUCCAUCUUCAUCUACAGGUUCGAUUUUAGAUGGUUUAUUUGACGAUUUGUUUGGCGAUUCAGGGUCAAACAGUGUGUCAACAAACACGGGCUCAACCUCUUCUAGUGGCAGUUGGAUUGAUGAUCUUUUGAACGAAUUCUUGGCUCCUUCGAACAGUUCUGAUUCCACUGCUCCAUCAUUUGACGGUGGUGACCUUUUGAAUGAUAUUUUGGGUAUUGGUGAAAACUUGGCUGAAGAUUUGUUUUCCAAUAUUGAUGGUAAGAGUAUUUUGACGGGUGUUUUAGGUUUUGCUGGCGAAAUUUUCGAUGAUUUGUUUAGCUCGUUUGGGUCUUCUAGUGGUGGGUUUUUGAGUUCAUUGUUGAAUUCAAUUUUUGGUGACUCUGGCUCUUCUUCUUCUUCUUCUUCUUCCUCCGUGCCAUCUACAUCGAUUUCUGAUAUAGUUUCUGAUGUUUUUACAUCACUUUUCGGUGGUAUUCUUGGUGGGUCAAGUGGGUACACUGGAUCUACAAGCAAAGUUUGUACUUUGAAAAAGAGAUCUCUUGAGAAGAAGGAAAUCAGAAAGCUUGUUAGAAAGAGUGUAAACAAAGUAAUUGCCAGAAGACAACAAGCCAUUGCUGAAAAGAAACAAGCCAAUGCCAAAAGAGAGUCCGUAGUUUUAGCCUAA